CACCCAAAUAUUACUUUCCAAAACCUUCCAGUGUGACUGAAACUCUCGUGUUGUGCAAAAUUUUGCAAUUUCCCCCCAAAAAUUUGUAUCUUUUAUUGAAAUGUCGCAAGAAUCUAGUAAUAGUGAUGGUCUUACCGAUGCACAGAAAGCAAGAAUAGAUCGAAAUCGUCAGAAGGCACUGUAUCUUAAGAAUGCAAAGCUCGUAGCUCAUCCCUAUGCAAAGUCUGUCGAGGAAGGGGAGAAGAGCAUUAUCAAGAUUCAGGGAAGUCGCUUCGUGGACAGUGGCGGUGGCUUCUUGAUAGAGGAGGAAAUUGCUAAGCCUGGAGAGAAAUCAAAUGCUCAAGGAACAUCGGAGGAGAUUAUUGAUGAUGCCAUUGAUCUCCCAAUAACCUACGAUGAAUGCAUGGAAUGUGCAGAUAAAUUUGCAGAAUCCUACCUUAUGAAUCACUUCAACUAUCCUGUGUGUGAUAAUUGCCGGGAUAGCGAUGAUAAACAUUCCCUGAUCACAAAAACGGACGCAAAGAAGGAAUAUCUGCUGCAGGAUUGUGAUCUGGAGAAGCGAGAACCACCACUGAAGUACAUCGUGCGGAAAAAUCCCCACAAUGUCCGCUGGGGCGAGAUGAAGCUCUAUCUGCAUGUGCAGAUUGAGAAGAGAGCUCUGGAAGUAUGGGGCAGUGAAGAAAGACUCAGGGAGGAGCAUGAAUUGCGAGAUGAAAAGCGUGAAAAGUCCAAGAUCAAAAAAUACAAUAAACAGAUGAAGCAACUGAGAAUGGACAUGAGGAGUAGUCUCUAUGAUAAGACUUCUGCAGCUUCCCAUACUCACAACUUUGGUCCGGAAACCUACAAUGAGGAUGAUGAUACUUACACUCACACCUGUCUCACCUGCAAAUACACGGAAACCUUCGAGAAGAUGUAACUCCUGAAAAGAUUUUUUUUUAUGCUAAGCAUGCUUUUGGCGCAAAAA